AUGGAGUCCAAGGCUCUCGCUCGUCGCGCGGCGGACACCGAGCUUAUGCCGCCGCCUCCGCCUCAAAAGCGCAUCAAGCGUCCCAAGAACGUCAUUGACGAAGAUUCAUACACCGAUGCAAUUUCCGAAAUCAUAGCGCGCGACUUCUUUCCCGGGUUGCUGGAGACAGAGACCCAGCAGGAAUAUUUGGAUGCGUUAGAGUCUCGGGAUGGGGCAUGGAUAGCUAGUGCCGGUCGCCGGCUUCAGCAAGUUAUGACUCCAGGCAGGAGAAAGGGAAGACGAGGAACCUCGAUGCAGACGCCGCAACGGGCCUUCGAUACGCCAAGCGGCUUUGGAGGAGAUACACCUAUGUCUGUGACAUCUGAAAUGACUUCGAAACCGGAACUAGCGGAGGUCGAUACGAAUAUGAGCCUAGACAAGUUCCAAUCGUUAUACACCAGUGAGGAUAAUGAAAGCUUCUACAAGUUACUGGAUAAACAGAACCAAAAACGGGCAGAAAAAUAUGCCUGGAUGUGGUCGAGCAAUAAUAAGCUACCAUCAAAGAUGAUGUUAAAGCAGAAGGAGGUCGAGGUGAAGCUAUUAGAGUCACGAAACUCUUUACAUGAUGACGGGGGCGAAAGGAACAAGUUGGCUAUCCGAGAUGUGUCCGAGAAACCCGCGAGACCAGAUGGCUGGAAAUCCAAACCAAACAACACGCUUAUGUUCCAGCCGGACAGCGUGGAGGAUUCUAUCGAGACUGUGGCCCAGAGAUCCCAGCAAGAGUCGAGAGCAGCUCCAAAGCAAGUUGCGUACGCUAAUACGCGGAUGCCAGUAGCAGAAGUCUCUAUAGAAGGCCCCAGUAUUCCGGCCUCACCAUCGUUGUCCGCUGUGAAAGAUGCUAUAGCUGGGCGCAAGCGCGCUGGCUAUUCCGAAUCUGGCUUUGACGGAAGCGAAACUCCUCGUGUUAAUGGGUAUGCGUUUGUGGACGAUGAUCCUGAGGAUGAUGCUCCUGUUCAUGCCCCAAUAAUCACGUUUGGAAAAGGGGAGUCGAUUAAGAAUCCAUUCGUGAUUAAGGAACAAAGUCGAAGGGAGGAUUUACAUCACCGGAUGGUGGAUAAGACUGCCCAAACGAAGCGGGCGUCUAUGAAAAAUGGAAUGACAGGCAAAGUCGAUAUGACCCCCGUCCCAAAAUUCCCCAGCAGCCCAAGGGUUGGGCCAGGCCAGCUCACCCCGGCUGCACAGAGACUAUGGAGCAAAGUUGGAAAUACCCCCAGUGGGCAGGGUGAUGCAUUUGGAACCCAGACGCCCCGGACGGUAAAGCUGAAAUCGGGGCUUAGAGCUCGAUGGACGCCUUCUGCAAAGUAA